UUAACUGAUAGCUGCAGUUUAUUAAGUUAAUUAUUUAUAAGAUAAGUGUCGAACAUACCUUGAAGCAACAAUUCAUGAUCAAUUAAAUGCUCAUUCCAUCUCUUAAACUUGUCUUCAUAUAGCACAUUUGGCAUCACUAGCAGUACCAGAUACUAGUGAUCCCAGGCAGCACCACUGGGAGGUAGCGCUAUACUGCUGCCCACCCUAGGAAGAAAGAAAGCAGUAAUUUAUGAGGUAAUAGAAUCUAUUCUUGGUUACCUUGAUCCAUCAAGACUACAACUGAUCCUCCAAAGUGAUCCUCUAUGUCGAUCCAAAGUUUUCAGUAGAGAACCAUGUGCACUCACGUGGCUCUAGGAGUGGCUACAAAGGCGUGGCGCUACUGGAUUAUGCAACAUGGCUAAGAGCAAAGGACAAAGUGGCCUUGGGAAAGCAUUACUGAAGAACAGGCGGCGAGGGAGAAAGGGAGGAGGAGGAGAAGAAUGGCUGCAUACCAGUGAGCUGUCUGACGGGUAUGAGUGGGGCAGGCUCAACGUAGCGUCUGUUACUGAAGAGAACAGUCUUGACGAGUUCCUGAGGACAGCUGAGCUUGCUGGGACUGAAUUUACAGCUGAGAAACUUAACAUCAGCGUUGUAAUGGAUGCAGAGAAACACACUGGACUGCCAGGGGCAGAGGAAAAGAGAGAGAUUAAAGAAAUUCAAGAGAAAUUCAAGCAAGAUCUGAGGAUACCAAGAAGACCACGAUGGGAUAAAGACACUACACCCGAGGAAUUAGAACAAAGAGAGAGAGACGGUUUUAUUGAAUGGAGGAGACACCUCGCCACCUUAGAGGAAAGGGAAAAAAUAAUAUUAACUCCUUUCGAGAGGAAUCUGGAAUUUUGGCGGCAACUCUGGCGGGUAAUCGAGAGAAGUGAUGUUGUGGUUCAGAUUGUUGAUGCUAGAAAUCCGCUGCUGUUUUAUUGUGAAGAUUUGGAUCAAUAUGUGAAAGAGGCUGAUCCCAGUAAAGUUAACAUGCUUUUAAUGAGCAAAUCAGAUUUACUGACAGAUAAUCAAAGGAAGGUUUGGUCCGAAUAUUUAAAAACUCAACGUGGUUUUGAAGCCGUUGGGUUUUGGUCAGCUAAAGUAGAAAAUGAAGACAUUGAGCAAUCAGAGGGUACCAGCCCUGAUGAGGGGAGCCCCCCUAGCAACAAUACCUCAGAGAAGAUUGUCCCUGAGCCAACUGAUGUAAGAGGUGUGGCAGUGGGCGGGGCUAGUGCAGAUACAAGUGGACCAGCAUUAUUAACACGAACUGAGCUCAUUGAAUUAUUCAUGAGUUUAGCUCCAAGUGACAAACGUCCAGUGACAAUUGGUUUAGUUGGGUAUCCUAAUGUUGGUAAGAGUUCUACGAUCAACGCAUUGAUGGGUACUAAGAGGGUACCUGUAUCAGCAACACCAGGUCGGACUAAGCACUUUCAGACGCUACAUGUGAAUGAAGAUGUCAUUUUAUGUGACUGCCCUGGGCUAGUGUUCCCUAACUUUAUAUCAACAAAGGCUCAGCUGAUCAUCAACGGGAUACUACCAAUUGAUCAGAUGAGGGAUCACGUUCCUCCUGUUUCCUUGGUGUGUCAGAAAGUGCCAGGCCCAGUUUUAGAGCGUUGCUAUGGUAUCAGGAUUCAGCCUCCGUUGGAAGGAGAAGAUCCUAGAAGACCGCCAUUUUCACAUGAAUUACUGUCACCUUACGCCUAUUCUCGAGGAUUCAUGACUUCUCAUGGUCAGCCUGACCAAUCACGUGCUGCCCGGUACAUUUUAAAAGAUUUCGUGAAUGGCAAGAUAUUAUAUUGUGAGGCUCCGCCUGGAACUGAUCCAGUGACAUUUAAUGAACAUUUACUAAUAGCAGACACUGGAAUGGCUUCAACUUCAGCUGAAUUAGAAUCAGAUUCUAUUACUGAUACUCCAAACUUUGACCACUCCUUCUUUAGUAAGCGCGAAGGUAUUGUACAUAGUAAAGGUGUUGUGGGUGUGUCUGGUGGUCAUAAAACCGACGAUAAAGUUGGUAGUGAUGCUAAACCAUGGAAGAAACAUCACAAUCACAAGAAGAAGGAAAAGACUCGAAGAAUUGUUAAAGAUGAAACACCUUAUAAUUAUUAUUAAAAAUCAUCAUUAAACUUUUAAUAUUGUAUCAUAAUGUAACUAUGAAUUAUUAUAAUUAUAUUAUUGUCAUUGAUUGUUCACAUGUUUAAAGAUGUUGGUCCAAUCUUA